GUUUUCCGACCUAUUUGCGGCGGCUACUGCCGUAUUUCCUGGGGCGUCCGUAUCUGGGCGGUUUGUGUCCCCUGGUGGUGGCCGCAUCGGUGUCUGGUAGAGGAGUGGGAGUUGGUGGCUGCGGCUUUUGGGCUGGGAUGAACCGCGCUCUCGGUGGAGGCCGGGGAGCCGAGCCAGAGCCAUGGCCAGUACAGUGGUAGCAGUUGGACUGACCAUUGCUGCUGCAGGAUUUGCAGGCCGUUAUGUUUUGCAAGCCAUGAAACAUAUGGAGCCACAAGUAAAACAAGUUUUUCAGAGUCUACCAAAAUCUGCCUUCAGUGGUGGCUAUUAUAGAGGUGGGUUUGAACCCAAAAUGACAAAACGAGAAGCAGCAUUAAUACUAGGCGUAAGCCCUACUGCCAAUAAAGGAAAAAUAAGAGAUGCUCAUCGACGAAUUAUGCUUUUAAACCACCCAGACAAGGGAGGAUCUCCUUAUAUAGCAGCCAAAAUCAAUGAAGCUAAAGAUUUACUAGAAGGUCAAGCUAAAAAAUGAACCUUCUUGUGUUUAGGAACAUUAGGCGGCACUUCACUAGGCUUGAGGGCCCUCUUAAACAGGAAAAUCACCAAUAAGCACAAAAAUAUGAAAAACUCAGCAUUACCUGGACCACAGAAGAAAUGCUUAUUUACAGUAUGGUAACUGAAACAAGGCAAGCAUCACUUUGGGUGUUGGGUGAUUGUCAAUUUGCUAACAAGGAAUCUGCUAAUAAUGAUCAACUAUUUUGGCUUACUAAUGUUUUGUUUCAGUCUUUUGGACUAAUCAAAAGUUUCCUUAAGAGAUUAUCAAUUAUAAGUUAAAAGCAAAUUUUUGAAAGACAAAUAGGAAAUAUGAGCUAAUAUGCCCAGAGACCAUCAAGCAUUGGCCCUAGAAGGGAAAACUUCGUGUAGUGGGUAGAUUUUCAGGUGUUUAAUGCAAAUAGCACACCUGUUUUAAGACAACUAUUAAGAUAAUGAAAAAUGCUUUCAAAUAACACUAAGGAGAACAGAGCACAUUUUUCAGUAAUCAGUUUUAUUUCCUCUAGGCUUACCUUUAAGUAGAAGAAUCCACAUUUCAUUGUAGAUUAUGAACCAAACCUACCAUUUUUCUUGGGAAAAAGUCACCUGUGUGAGGGCUCCAGAUCACAGUUGGUAACUGGUGCAAGUAUGAUCUGUGUAAGAGAGCCGUCAUCUUUACAUGUUUUUUAACAAAAUAGUUGAUGUGUAAUGUUAACAUUUAUUGGCUACUUACAGUACACUAGCAUUGUGCUUAAGUAAGCAUUUAAGUAUGUUUUACAAGUAAGGAAACAAUAGUGAAGUAACGCCCAAAACAAUAUUCUGGGUGAGAAGGCUGAUCUUUCUUAAACCUAAAGUCCAUGCUGUUAACCUGUGAUAACCUAUCACAAAUCUGAUAACCAGGCAUGUUUUCCUUGGUGGUAAUGAAUGCUCAAGUCUGAGAGCUGUCAUUACACCUUUAGCUUGGGGCCUUUUUAUCAGUAGGUACUCAGACUUUUUUUUUCUUCAAGGGGGAGGAAGGUAUGCACACAACACUGAGAGAUAGGAGAUGCAGGUUUCAAGUCAAACUUGGGCAGUAAUAGCCAGGCAACUUUGAGUACACUACAUGGUUAGGCCUCUGCCUCCCCAUCUGUUAAUGGCCAACUUAAAAAAGAAAAAAAAAAGUUGAUGGUUCCUCCAUAUUUUAUGGGUAGGGAAACAAAAAGAGCAAAUUAUUUCAGAGGUUACACAGCUAAUGAAACUGUAAGCAAGCCCUGGGGGGUCUUCUCCAAUUUAUUCUGUUCAUUUGUAACAUGGUUCUCUCUAUAUUAGUCCUGAAUUAUUUAGGUAGGUUAUGGGGAAUUCCUAUCCACAGCCUUAAUGUUAGAUCUGGCAUACCAGAGAUUUAGUUCCCCUACUUUGUCCCUUCCAUUUUGCCUUCACUGCCUCUGGGUUGACAUUACUGAGUCCUGUGCUGCUUUGUAAAAACUGCUUUGCUGGUGAUAAAAGUGGGCUAUAAUGAAUGGUCCCGGAAGUUAAAUCUUUUCCCACUCUUAGAAUUUUAGGAAAAUUCUCUUGCCUUCAACUGUUUUCCAAAUGAUGGGAAUACCUAUGGAAGCAUUUAAAAAAAAAAAAAAAAAAAA